GACUGUGCAAGGAAGUCAUAUCGAAAAAUAUUUUCUCCGAAAUAUGAAGCUCUUGGGAUACUGUCUUUUUUGCCUCUUCGCCACGAGAGUGCAAUCAAAGCCACAAAUAACGAAGCUAUUUCCAGUGGAAGGAUUGACGGCAUAUCAUAAACAAUUUAACGAUACCACGAAAUCGUUAGAUAAAUUUUUUGAAAAACUACGCACAACAUACAAUUUUGUUUUCCAUCAACCCGAUAACACCAGCAACGUAGAAAAAAUCCUAGCGAAAAACGCAUCGGAUCCUAAUUUGCAAGCUUUGAGACUAAUAUGGACUGACACGUUAAAAGCAGAUAACUAUACAAAUUUCAAGUAUCCCAACAAUACCUUUCUAGAUCAGAUAAAGUCACUGUCGAUACCAAAAAGUCGUGACAGCAAGGCGACUUCGAGUAAUCUCAAGAAAGAUUCAUCCGUUGAAAUGAAAACAAAUGAAAAUAAUGUGAGCUCUACGAACUCCAAUAAAAAAAGUUCUAAUAAAGCUAAAAUACUACCUGACGACGAUUGGUUCAAUGACAUUCAACCUUUGGAACAACUGGAAUUACAAGACGAAGAGCUGGAUAAAAAAAAUGAGGUGGAAAGCGUGACGCCAGGAACGACCCUUCCGACGACGGUGGGUCGUCAUCUGCUUGAGUGGCUUGGAACUCUUUUCGGGCUUACUUAUACCAUUUACAGUAAAUUAUCGAGCGCUGCUUGUGGAAACGAAAAGCCGACACAAUGAUAAAAUAAAACGACAAAAAGUAAAAUAAAAUACGUUAGAUCAGAAACCAUAUUACGUUAUCCAUUUAUAAAUUUGCACAUCAUAAAAUAAUUUAAUUAGUGAUAAGUUAAUUUAUUCAAUACAAACUAUAUACCGACUUUAUAAUCGC